AUUCCCAUCUCUCUCCCAAAAAGAACUGUUGUGAGACUGUGGGGUGAGGAGAGGGAAGUGGGGAAUAGGAACCCGCGGUACUUUCGACUCCCUGUGGGCCUAAAACUGCUCUGAAAAAUAGUCUAUGAAAAUAUACACACUUCAAACAGCAACUCUUUCUGAUAUGCUUGCAUUUAAAAUGAGGCUUUUUUUCCCUUUUGGAAAAACACAGUCCUUGUUUGCUUUAGGGAAGAGUAAAGGUCAGUGCACUGCAUUUCCAUUAAUUUCGAAGGGAAAGAUGAGAAGACAGAAAUGGCUGGCUUUCUAGAGAAUAGUAGAGGUUUAACAGGUGUCAGAGAAAAACCAUAGUUUUCUCUGAAAACGGGUGUCAGAGAAAAACCAUAGCUGGACAGUGGUAGUAAAACGGCAACACACAGAUUUUAUUCAGAACAACUAUUACAGUAAGAGGAGAGAGACCUCAGUACAGAACUGGGCUCCAUUCCGAAUACAAGGAAAAGUAGGAAUUGAUGACGGAGGAGCCGGAUGUCAGUGGAUGGAAAAUUAUUACGAGGAAACACAGGGGACUCGCUCAGCAGCAGCCUGAAAACUUGCUACAAGUAUCUCAAUCAGACCAGUCGCAGUUUCGCAGCUGUUAUCCAGGCGCUGGAUGGGGAAAUGCGCAACGCAGUGUGCAUAUUUUAUCUGGUUCUCCGAGCUCUGGACACACUGGAAGAUGACAUGACCAUCAGUGUGGAAAAGAAGGUCCCGCUGUUACACAACUUUCACUCUUUCCUUUACCAACCAGACUGGCGGUUCAUGGAGAGCAAGGAGAAGGAUCGCCAGGUGCUGGAGGACUUCCCAACGAUCUCCCUCGAGUUUAGAAAUCUGGCUGAGAAAUACCAAACGGUGAUUGCCGACAUUUGCCAGAGAAUGGGAAUUGGGAUGGCAGAAUUUUUGGAUAAGCAUGUGACCUCUGAACAGGAGUGGGACAAGUACUGCCACUAUGUCGCUGGGCUGGUAGGAAUUGGCCUUUCCCGUCUCUUCUCGGCUUCAGAGUUCGAAGACCCCUUAGUUGGUGAAGAUACGGAACGUGCCAACUCUAUGGGCCUGUUUCUGCAGAAAACAAACAUCAUUCGUGACUAUCUGGAAGACCAGCAAGAAGGAAGAGAGUUUUGGCCUCAAGAGGUUUGGAGCAGGUAUGUUAAGAAGUUAGGGGAUUUUGCUAAGCCAGAGAAUAUUGACUUGGCCGUGCAGUGCCUGAAUGAACUUAUAACCAAUGCACUGCACCACAUCCCAGAUGUCAUCACCUACCUUUCAAGACUCAGAAACCAGAGUGUGUUUAACUUCUGUGCUAUUCCACAGGUGAUGGCCAUUGCCACUUUGGCUGCCUGUUACAAUAACCAGCAGGUGUUCAAAGGGGCAGUGAAGAUUCGGAAAGGGCAAGCGGUGACCCUGAUGAUGGAUGCCACCAAUAUGCCAGCUGUCAAAGCCAUCAUAUAUCAGUAUAUGGAAGAGAUUUAUCAUAGAAUCCCCGACUCAGACCCAUCUUCUAGUAAAACAAGGCAGAUCAUCUCCACCAUCCGGACGCAGAAUCUUCCCAACUGUCAGCUGAUCUCCCGAAGCCACUACUCCCCCAUCUACCUGUCGUUUGUCAUGCUCUUGGCUGCCCUGAGCUGGCAGUACCUGACCACUCUCUCCCAGGUCACAGAAGACUAUGUGCAGACUGGAGAACACUGAUCCCAAAUUUGUCCGUGGGUGAAGUUCACCAUCAAAUGGAUUUACUUUUUUUCUUUAAGGAUGGAUGUUGGCUUCUCUUUAUUUUUUUCCUCCUACUUUAAUCCCUGAAAGAACUGUGUGGCUGGGGCCUUUAGGAAAGCGAGAUGCAGCUGAGAAGAAUCUAAACAUGAAAGCAAAGGGCGCCUCACCCCAGCAACCUGUCCUUGUGGGUGGUGAUCACUGUGCUGCUUGUGACUCACGGCAGAGCACUCUGUGCCACAGUUUAGGUGAAGUGGCUGCGUAUGUAACUGUCAUGAGAUCCUAUUUAGUGUGAUCCUGGCUGGAAUGAUAAUUAAAAGUAUUUAAUUUGAAGCAACCUUUGAAUGUUCACAAUAGUAGAAAAUGAUGUGAAAUUUCUUUCUGUUGAGUUCCUAGUUUUCUCAUCAUUUUAUUUUCUUUAACUGGGUUGAAUGGAGUAGAUGGAAAUAUUUAUGGUUUAGGUGACACUUAGGUGUUUCCUAAGAAUGCAAACUGCCUUUUGCACACGAAGGCUGGGAAUAAAAUUCUGGGUGUUCUCCUAUUAUCGUAAGGGAGUUUAGCUUUCAGAGAGAAACAGCAGGAUUGCCUUUGACCCCAUUUCAGAAGAUUGGCCUUCAGUAAAGGUGGACAUUUUUGAGAUUUUUAUAAUAAAGAAUUUAAUUGCUCUGCA